CCCACCUCCUCGGCGCUAUCUAUCUCAAUGUGCGAUUCUCAGAGAAAAACGGGGGCAACAAUAAUUCAGAGCGAAGCGGCGAGCGAGCGUCUGUGGUUUCCCCGGGCGGUUGAUCGGAGCGGACGCGGCCUCUCGGCGGUGCGAAGAUGAGCGUGUCGCCGCCGGACCAGUGAUUGAAAACACCGCGGUACGUCCAUGUAUCAUGCACAUGUAGCCGUAAUACUGCCACACGGAUUCAAAGGGAAUACAAGGAGCCGAGAGACUUGACAGCGAGCUGUACCUGCGCCAAACGGGCAAAUAGCGGCGGAUUUUUCCACGAAGAUCACCUGGAUUUUUUUUUUUUUUUUGGGGCGUUUUUAUUCAAGGACGUCCAGCUGCCAGAAGAGAGAGAGACCCGCCUGAGCUCGUCCGGAGAAGCUUCCCCGAUGUGAGGAGAAAUACAAAUUAACGUUACGGGGAGAAGAAGGACGGAGAAGGGGCCUUUUUCCGUGGGUCCGGUCAAACCCUUCCGAACAGGCGAGCGCUAGCAUCUGUUGACGGGGGGAGGAAAUCAUUUUGACAUCGGCUAAAAAACCGGAUAUUAUUGAUAAGGUUGCAAACAACCUACCCCCCCCACCACCCUAAAAAGAAAGAAGGUGUAUAAUGUGCAGGAUUGGCGUUAGAGAACGAAGCCCCGGUGUAGCCUGAUGAUUCACAUGCCGUCAUUUUAAGAGGAAAUAUUUAUUUUUUAUUUCCCCCCUAUUUGACAUUUGAUGUGCUUUGAUCAGCACCGAUUGAAAAGAAUCCCGUACAAAUAACAACCUAAAAAAAAAAAUUAUAUAUCUAAAGGAACAAAUAAAAAAGGUGGAGGAAAAAAUAGCGUUUGGGUUGAGAGUGGAAAUGAAUGGCAGUGUGAGGAAUCUGCUGAAGAUGGGCACAGGAGGAGACAUUUGCUGAGAAAAUUAACUAUAAAAAGCGUAGAAAUAAAUAGAUUUAAAGAAAGAAGAAGAAGAAGAAGAAGCCACCGUUUGGCUCGAAAGGAAACUGGGGACCGCCGACCUUCAUUCAUGUGCAUCGCCAGGCUGGAAAUUUCACAGCCACUCUCGUAUCAGUGUUGAUGACUUCAUUGCGGAUUUACAGUGAAAAACACAGGAAUCAAGCGUCUGUGAGGGCGGCAUCGUUGCUCUGCUCAUCUCUGACUGAUCUCUGGUUGAUUCAUUGCCAGUAAAUAGCCACAUCCAUCCAUCCAUCCAUCCAUACUGUGCCAAACGCCUGCUGGGGCCCCCAGCGUCUCCUACCUACUAACAGGUUUACAUCUGUCUCGUCUGCAUCUGGCAACAUAAAUGUCACCCAUUUUGAGCCAGGUGUUCCUCUGCUGGGCCAGUCUAGGAAUUUAGGAUCCACUUCUUCCUCUGAUCAACACCCUCACCCUCCCUUCCUGCACCCAACCACCCAACCAACCAACCACCCACCCACCCUGCCUCCCCCCUGAACCUGUCACUGGGUUUGUUGGGAAGAUGGGCUGUCUUGGCAAUAGUAAGACCGAAGACCAACGAAAUGAGGAGAAGGCACAGAGGGAAGCCAACAAAAAGAUAGAGAAGCAGCUCCAAAAAGACAAACAGAUAUACCGGGCGACUCACCGGCUACUACUACUAGGGGCCGGUGAAUCCGGGAAAAGCACGAUAGUCAAACAGAUGCGAAUACUGCAUGUCAAUGGCUUCAAUGCAGAGGAGAAAAAACAGAAAAUUCAUGAUAUUAAAAACAACAUUAAAGAAGCUAUAGAGACGAUCGUGGCCGCCAUGACUACGCUCACACCGCCAUGCCAGUUAGCCUGUCCUGCAAACAAAAGCCAAAUCAAAUAUGUCAUGCACCAAGCAAACCAGAAGGAUUUUGAGUUUUCUAAAGAGUUUUACGACCACACAAAGAUGCUCUGGCAGGACGAUGGCGUGCGGGCCUGCUGGGAAAGGUCCAACGAAUAUCAGCUCAUCGACUGUGCACAGUACUUCUUAGACAGGAUCGAUGUUGUCCGGCAGAGCGACUACACACCCACUGAUCAGGACCUGUUGAGAUGCCGAGUUCUGACAUCCGGGAUCUUCGAGACGAGAUUUCAAAUAGACAAAGUCAAUUUCCAUAUGUUUGAUGUUGGAGGUCAGAGGGAUGAGCGUAGAAAAUGGAUCCAGUGUUUUAACGAUGUGACAGCCAUCAUCUUUGUGGUGGCGAGUAGCAGCUACAACAUGGUGAUCAGAGAAGACAAUCAGACCAACAGACUACAGGAAGCCCUCAACCUUUUCAAGAACAUCUGGAACAACAGGUGGCUACGGACCAUCUCGGUAAUCCUCUUCCUGAACAAGCAGGACCUGCUCGCCGAGAAGGUUUUGGCAGGGAAGUCUAAGAUUGAAGAGUAUUUCCCGGAGUUUGCACGUUACACUACACCUGAUGAUGCAAUACCAGAGCCAGGGGAGGAUCCUCGCGUCACAAGGGCAAAGUACUUUAUCCGGGACGAGUUUCUGAGGAUCAGCACAGCCAGCGGGGACGGCCGGCAUUACUGUUACCCCCACUUCACCUGCGCGGUCGACACAGAAAACAUCCGCCGCGUCUUCAAUGACUGUCGCGACAUCAUACAGAGGAUGCACCUACGGCAGUACGAGCUGUUGUGAUGGGGAAGCGGCGCCCGUGCGACUUAUUUACCUACCGUCCUACCUAUCUUCCCCCAGCCCCCCACACCCCAGCCACCACCGACAUGACCAGUUAGCCAAUCACCCCCCCUCUCCACCUCCACCAACUUCACCAGACGACUGAGGGAACAAGCAAGCGACUGACCGCCUGCCCCCCCCCCCCCCCCUCCACCCCGAUACAACUCCUGCCGCCAUACACAGUUUCAGAAGAACCCCGUCGUGGAAAGAUGUUUUGUUCUCAUGGAUUCACCAACAACAGUUUCAUCGACUAUUAUCCAGGACUGAUUCCUGUACUCAGCCACACUUCGACCCAUGAAAGAGGGUCGAGACUGGAAUCUUUGUGCAGGCUAUUCCUCCUUUUAGCUCUCUCUCUCUCUCCCCCCCUCGCUCUCUCUCAGAUAUAUGAACACACACUCGCAGGUACACACACACCCACACGACAGCAUUAGACAUUCAGAGCCCUUAAAUAGGUUUUAAUGUCUCAUAUCACACAGAGACACACACACACACACACACACACACACACACACACACACACACACACACACACACACACACUUUUAAUACCAAGCCCUCCUGCUUUUAACAGUCGGCAGAGGCUGGAUUCAAUAAUGCAUCCUGAGAGAGAGGUAGUUUAUUCACCGCGUGCUGACGACGAUCCAGGAGGAGACAGGAAGAAGAAGAAGAAGAAGA